AUGGAUUCCAAAGUAACAUUAUCAGCUAUGUUCGUAGUCUUCUUCACUAUAGCAAUUCUGCGUCGUCAUCGCUCUCAGGCUUUAACCGAUGAGGAAUGCUUUAAAACCCGAGUUAUCUUUAAUUUUGGAGACUCUAAAUCUGACACCGGUGGUUAUGCCGCUGUUAAUGGCCAGUUUUAUGGAUUCGGCUCCCCAUUGGUCGUUCAUUUUUUGGCAACACCAAUCGUUUGUGCGAUAGACGAUGAUGACAAGGAGUACAUUGACGGUAUUACUGACUUGAGUUACUGGGCAUCCGCUUAUGCUUUGCAAAGGUUAUUUGCUAAGUUGCUCACUUCAAGUUCAAUUAGUAGGCCAAGGUGGUGUGGAGUGUCGUUUGGGAAUUUCUUGCGGAGGAUGCACAUCUUUAGCAUUGACGUCUCAUGCAAAAUCCAGAGCUUGAGAGACUUUCCAGAAAUGCCAAUUCGAAACGAAAGCAGCAUGGGUUUGAUGAAAGACAUGUUGAUAGCUGAAGAGUUGGUGUAUGACAAGGAAUCGUUGAAGACAAAACAUAAUGGCAAGACGUUAGUGUGGAGAACGUUAUCUUCAAAGAUAAGGAGGCGCGGUGAUAUUGUUCUCAAAGUUUUUUCGAGUGAAAUAGCAUCUUUGCUCUUACCAGGUGGCAGGACGGCGCAUUCCAGAUUUGCUAUACCAUUCUCUUUGAGCGAAGAUUCCACGUGCAAUAUAUCGUUCGCCAUACGGGGUAGUGAUGUAAAGACAUUUGGUGGAAACACAGUAGUUUUGGGAGGCGAUUUUAGACAGAUUAUUCUGGUUAUUCCGAAAGCAACUAGACUAAUAGUUGUUGCAACCACUAUUAAUUCUUCCUACCUUUGGACAAAUUGCAAGGUAUUGAGGUUCACGAAAAACUUGAGAUUAUGGGGCUUAGCUUCAGUGGAAGAUAGACAGACAGUUGAUUGGUUUUCAAAAUGGAUUGCAGACAUCGGAGAUGGGAUUACAAGGGUUGUAACGACGAAUAUAGACCACUCUAUUGGUCUUUGCAAUGAUAUGUGUUUCUUUGUCACAAGAUUGUCCGAUCGCAUUGUUGAAGCAAGAAUAGUUAAUGAGACUAACGAAGGAACCAAAGUUCUUAUCCCCCGAAUGUCUCUCACUCCUUCUGAUACAAGAUUGCCCUUCAAGUUCCAGCCUUUUUCACGAGUCACCCAUCGUCUUAAUGGCCUGAAGGUGUUAGCUCUAGACAAAGAUGGACAAGAUUCUGUUGCUACUACCAAUGUCUUCUAUAAAGAUGCUUUCAAUAAUGUGUAA